UAAAGGUUCUUGGUAAAGAUUUUAUAUGUUGUUGUUUGCUUCCAAUCCAUUUGUUAGCGUUGUGUGAUUUUUUCUCAUCCUUGCACCUCUCAAAUAAAAGAAUUUAACUUAACUAGAUAAAAGUAACCAUCCGUAAAUGGUCAAUAAUUAAAAUUUCUGAAGUGUUGUCUAUUAAGUGGCGUUUCUCUGGGUUGAUUACUGCUUCAUUUAACCAGGAAUUUUAUGUAACCAAAUUUGCAUUGGAAGUCAAAAUAACUACACAAUUUUUGUAAAUCUAUUAUGUCUGGAACCAGUUCAGAAGACGAUCAAAGCGAAGAUGAAGAAUUGAGGCGAAGUCCAAUCACUCAUUCUGCAGCAAAAGUACAAAAAAUGGAUUACCAAAGUGAAGAAGAUGACGGCGGGGACUCGCUCAAUAUCAAGCCUCCACAAGCCAGAACAUCCGACCAUAGAAGUAAGAGAAGAGACUUUGAUAAGUUGCAUCAUAGACUUCCAGAUAGGAGUGACAGGAAGCGGGACAGUAGGCAUGGGCAUAAGGAUAAACAUCGUAGAGAAAAGUCUUCUAGAUACCAAACCAAAGACAAGGAACAUCACGAACAUGAACGGGAUCGCUAUUAUAGAGAAAAACAGCAUUCCUAUGAACAAAUGGGAUAUACAGAGCAACAAUAUCUAUAUGAAAGGGCUUUUCGUGAAAGAAAAUCUGAAGAAGCUAGAGCAAGACAGGAAAGAAAGUACAAAGGAGGCAGCUCUAAACAUGGUAGAAGCCAAAAUAGAGAUUCUCGUAGUGACAGAAACAGAAAAGAAAGGCGAAGUGAUGAUACAAGAGCUAGCAAGGCGUUGGCUGAUCUUAGGGAGAGAUUAACUUCUGAAUUGAGGUUAAUCGAAAAGCGUAAAAGCGAGGAUGCUCAUUCACAUGAUAUGGGUCACACAAAGGAACGCGAAUUUAUAGAAGUUGAUGAUAAUCUUGGAGAUACAGUGAAAGGGGAAGCUAGUAGUUAUGUCAGAGAAAUAACCUUGACCAGUGAAGCGAGGGAUUAUAGAAAAGAAAAAGACAAAGAAUUCGAAAGGUAUCUCACAGAAGAGGAAAAAUUGGAACGGGAACAAAGGAGAGAAAAAUUGUUGGAGGCUGAACGAGAAAUGGCCCGUUUGAAAGAGAGGACGAAAGCGGACCGUGAAAGAAGGCACAUAGAGAGGGCCAUAAAAAGAAAACAAGAAGCAGAAGAAGAAGAUUCUCACAAAAGAAUCUUGGUCUAUGCAGCUCAACAGGUUGUUGAAGUUUCCGAUACAUCGGACCAAGGAGCAGAAGGCAAUGCAAUGUCUGAAAAAAGUGAAAGUGAACCUGAAACUGCUGCAAGUGGCAGAAGUCGAAGUCGCAGCUAUAGUAGAAGCGCAAGCAAAUCAAGUUCCACUAGGAGCAGAAGUCGUAGCUAUUCCCACGAAGAUAGUUUUUCUUCAGGUAAAAGUGACCGUUCUAGAACAAAAUCUAGAAGCAGGAGCGCAAGUAGGAGUUCUAGCAGAAGCAACAGUGGGAGUAGCUCCAGCUCAGAGAGAUCAGCAUCAAGAUCCAGAUCCAGAUCCAAAUCCCGUAGCCCAGAGGAAGACGAAAUGCUCCGAAAUAAAGAUGUUAAAGGAGCAAAUCCACAGAAGAUUGAUAAAGAUCUGCCUCCUUAUUACCCAGCUGUACAAGGCUGCAGAUCAGUAGAGGAAUUUCAGUGCUUGAACCGCAUUGAAGAAGGCACUUAUGGGGUUGUCUAUAGAGCUAAGGAUAAAAGGACUGAUGAGAUAGUUGCUUUGAAAAGAUUGAAAAUGGAAAAAGAAAAAGAAGGUUUUCCGAUUACGUCACUGAGGGAAAUUAAUACUUUGUUAAAAGGUCAACACAAUAAUAUAGUGACUGUAAGGGAAAUUGUGAUGGGCAGUAAUAUGGAUAAAAUAUUUAUAGUGAUGGAUUAUGUAGAGCACGAUUUAAAGUCGCUAUUGGAAACAAUGAGGCACAAAAAACAACAUUUCAUGCCUGGAGAAGUUAAAUGUCUUUUGAAACAAUUGCUGCAAGCUGUAGCUCAUUUACACGACAAUUGGAUUUUGCAUCGGGACCUAAAAACUUCAAAUUUGCUUCUAUCCCACAAAGGCAUACUAAAAGUAGGCGAUUUUGGUUUGGCCAGAGAAUAUGGUUCCCCUUUAAAAGCCUAUACUCCUGUAGUGGUCACUUUAUGGUACAGGGCUCCAGAACUACUUCUAUGUACCAAAGAAUAUUCGACUCCGAUAGAUGUAUGGUCAGUGGGAUGUAUUUUUGCUGAAUUUCUAUUGAUGAAUGCUUUGUUUCCUGGAAAAUCGGAGGUUGACCAAUUGAAUCGUAUAUUUAGGGAUCUGGGCACUCCAAGUGAAAAAAUCUGGAAAGGUUUCAACAAUUUACCGGCAGUGAAAAAGAUUAAGUUUAACGAAUAUCCGGUGUCUAAUCUACGUGCCAAAUUCAAAGGCUUGAGUGAAACUGGUUUGGGAUUACUGCUAAAGUUCCUAACUUAUGAUCCACAUCAACGAAUAACUGCGGAAGACGCCCUGAAACAUUCUUAUUUCACUGAGCCACCUUUACCAAUUGAUCCAGCAAUGUUUCCUACUUGGCCAGCUAAGAGUGAACUUGGGCAUAAGAGGGCAAUGGCUGCUAGUCCUAAACCACCAAGCGGUGGAGGAGAGUAUAAGAAACUGGGUGGUGAAGACGAUGAUUAUGGAUUUAGGUUGGGAAUGGGCGCCGAUUUACGUCGAGGUGAAGCAGGAUUUACUUUGAAAUUUUGACCAAAGUCUCCAUAAAAAUAUUUAAAAAAUAUAGUUAUUGGACUCUAAUUAAGUCGUGUUAGUUGAUUAAAUGAUUAUUGUUUUGUUUAAGGAGCUCAUUCCAUUUCACAUGUUUACCUUAUUAAACAUGGGAUAAUAUUUUUUUAUUUAUAUUGAAUCAUUUUUAAAGAUGUACUGACUAGGGUUUUUUGACUAAUCGGCCUUUCGGACUAGUCGGUCCUAUUUUUAGAUGCUGGCAACUUGUUUUUGCUCUGUCUAAAAUGAAAACGUUUAUCAGCAACAAGAUGAUGUUUACUGUUUCAUUUUGUAAUAUGUAUGUAGUAGAAUAGAAUGUUUUGUUAAAAAAAUCAGAUCCAAUACUUUGUGACUAGUUUUACUUUAUUUCAGAAAUAUUUGUUUUAUUUCUUUCGUCGACUAGUCGCCGGCUACAAAACCGUAGUCAGAGCAUCUCUAAUAUUACAUUAUCUCAAAUAUGCAUGUAUUUUUUCUUAUGUAUGUCCCAAGCUUUAAAAUAUAAAACUGCGAAAUAUUAUUAUUAAGUGUGCUUGUGUUAUUUUUUUUUUCUAUUUUAGAUGGAAUAAUCUUGGAAUAAAAAUUUAAUUUUUUGGGUGUGAUAUUAUUGGGGAGUCAUUUGAAGUUGUGGCUGGCCAAAUGAAUAAAUUAUUGUUCCAAUUUUUUAAAUGAGCUCAUUCCAUUAUACAAUUAUACCUUUUUAGCAUAAUCAAUAGGUAUUUUGCCAAAGUAAUUACACUCAAAAUUGAAAUGUUAGUUAGAUAAUGUAUAAUCAACAAAAAUAUAUAUGCCUGUAUGUAUGUAUUUAUUUUCAUCUAUCUC